AUGGCCACUUCUGAUAAUCGCGAGGAGAACCGUGAGUUGAAUGACCUCGACGGCUUAGAACACCAGACGUCAUAUAUCUAUAACCCUAUAAGUAAGGCUCAUUUCCAGACUGAACGCCAGUCCAAAAGACGUAAAGUGUCUAGCGUGUCGUCAUCGCUGCAUCAAAAUGGUUUGCCCUUUGCACCUCUGCUUGAAGGGGAAGAGGACCCGGAAUCUGUUAAACUACGGUAUAACACGUUUCGCGGAUUCUGGGCUAGCCAGGAGCAGGAAAUCCAGGCUAUACUUCGUGACGUGGACUCCGAUAUUUUGGAGAAUGUGUCUACGUUCGUAGAGCUGACUUCACCUGAGAGUUGUGAUGGACGUAUUCCCGCUGGGUUGAUUGCCCUCGGCUCCAAUCUUUCUUCCAUGGGGCGACUAUUAGUUCGUCUACACGAACAGAUGCAAUCCUCGGACACUGGACAGGUAGUCGCUCUAGAUUCUGGAGAUGCGUCCAAUCUGAAAACCGUUUUGAAGCAUAUCAUUCGAUCUGCCACAAAUGACAAUGAUGACAAUGAUGGGGAUCACGGUAUAUCAAUGGACUGGACCGCACCAAAGCCUCUUUCAUAUGAUUUGGAUAUAUUGCAUUAUCAUGUAAAAGAGAAGGGAAUUAAGAAAGUGAUCAUUGCUUUCCGGGACAGUGAAGCCUUUGAUCAAGCUUUACUAGCGGAUCUGAUAUCACUUCUCAGUUCUUGGGUUGAUCGGAUUUCCUUCGUUCUUCUUUUUGGAAUUGCUACAUCAGUCGAACUUUUUGAAGCCAGACUUCCAAGGUCCCUUGUGAAUCUGCUACAAGGGCGCAGGUUUGACAUUCAGAACUCUGGUGACUCUGUAGACCGCAUAUACACAAAUCUUCAGAUGCGCCAGGAGGGAACUGUAUGGCUAGGCCAUAACGUGAGCAGAAUACUUUUUGAGAAAUCGAAUGACCAUUUUCAGAGUCCUGAAGGCUUUGGGAAUGGGAUUAAGUACGCAUAUAUGGCCCAUUUCUUCUCCAAUCCGUUAUCUAUAUUACUCUCAAAAAGUGCAACAACGACAAGCCUUCAAACAGAGCUAUGCGAAGCAAUCCGAAACAUCCCGUCUUUUCGCACGUAUGUCCAAGGCUUGCUGGAUAACGGAAAAGUGAAAAAAGUACGAAAACUUUUGGAAGACGACAAAUUCUUAGCACAAGUCGCCAGAGACAAUCUUCACGGCGGCCAGGAAAGUGUGAACGCCAUGUUACAUUCCGUUGAAUUUCUCGAAACGGUGUUACGGUUUCUGAACACCACGAAGAUGCCUACGCUUUCCGAUCUUAUUAUUCAAGCUCUAGCAGGGGAACUCCUUAGUUCAAAAAUUGUGAGAGAUAUGCUGGAGGAAAUCAAAGAGCUGCCAUCAAAUGCCAUCGAAAGCCUUUUUGUUGCGCUUCCACCCAGAAUUGGGGAUUUGGCUGUUUUCAAGGAGUUACUCCAUAGGCUCCAAUCGCUAGUAAGAAGUAAUAAUGGCAGUGACCCUCUCCACAGCGUGUACAAUGAUCAUCAUUCAUCCCAUAAAACCACGGUUGUCGGAAAGAGAGUCAAACUCACCAAAACCAAAGCAAAACUAUCCAAACAAGAUGCCGAAAUACACUGCUUUCGUCGAUGA